CGCGCUGUCCCCUGGAGGGACUGAAAUCUCCCGUCUUGAGCAUCCGGGUCUUGUCCCUGCGCCCUCGGCGCUAGCUCGCCGAGGCCCUCGAGCUUUCCAACAAGGAACCCCCCGGGCCUAUCUUGACACAGCUCUGCCAGUGGUGACGCCAAUCCGCCUUCAAUAUGUCGUCCACACAAGCAAACGCGAUCCCUGAUACGCAGCUCGGCUUGACGAAUGAGGAGAUCUCCCUGCUACGGCAACACCAGCAGGCGGCAGCAGCCGCCGGUUCCUCGUCGUCGCGCGCCGCCAGCCGAGCUUCUUCGACGGGGGUGUUGAUGAUCGAUAGCAGCUCGCUCGCCGCACUUGGCCGCCACUUCGACCGUGUCAUGCAGCACAUUCAACAGCAGCUCGAGCAGCUCAUGGAGCAGUCGCAGAUAGUGACGAUGCAGGUAUACGACCGCGCAGGCAACCUGAUCGACAAUGCCGAUGCCGAGAUUGCGCGCUACCACGACAUCAUCCGGCAGAUUGACGAGCUCGAGGUCGACUUUGACCGCAUAGCUCACAUCCGGGACAUUGUCCGCGAUUUCCGUCGCCGUGCCGAGCAGCUGGAACGGGACCUAGAGUCGGCGGGUUCAUCAUCGAGGAGAGACCGGGAAGGGCAUCACCGCCACGGGCACUCGCAUCGACACGGUCAUUCGGGACAUUCAAGCUCAGGAAGACAUCGCCAUUGAGGCCAUUUAGACGCCACUGGUGGCGCUCUUGGCUCUCGUUCACCCUCAGCACCCAAAGCCUUGGGGGUUGUUUGGAGCGAUGGGGUUGAGAAGGAAUGUGGACUCUAUCGCCAAGAAAUGAGCCACGUUGUACGACGAACGAAAAACCAAAAGAGGUUCAGACGAGGGGAUGAAAAGUCUUGGGCUGGAU